GUUGAGCAACAGCGGUACGUCGGGAACGAGCAAGUCAUUGCAUGGAUUUGUCGGAGCUCCGCAAAACUUAAGAUCCAGAAUGCUGAGAAGAGAAUGAAUCCUCCAGGUCAUCUGAGACAUCCAUAUGUCGUCGCUGCUGUCCCUUGCCGACAGUCUUUAGGUCCCACAGGGACUCUGUCUGCCAUCCCGAGCUCCACCCCUCAUCCCUGUCCAGGUCCCUCCCGUCUCCUCCGCCCUGAGUAGUGGCCAUCCUAGAGUGGAGGAAAGGCGAGUCAGCCCCUGUAAAUAUGCCUGGAUGGAGAUCUCAGUGGCGUCUCAUCCUGCUGAACUCCCUGACCUGUGGCCUGGAGAUCUGCGUGGCAGCUGGGAUCACAUACGUGCCCCCACUGCUGCUGGAGGCUGGAGUAGAGGAGCGCUACAUGACGAUGGUGCUAGGUAUCGGUCCGGUUCUUGGCCUCCUUUUCAUCCCCCUGAUUGGCUCGGCCAGCGACCAGUGCAACAGCAGUUACGGUAGGCGGCGGCCCUUCAUCUGGCUGUUGUCUCUGGGAGUUCUUCUGGCGCUCUUCAUCAUUCCCCAUGCUGACCUGCUGGCAGCCCGUYUUGCCUGGGGAGGGCACACCCUCCAGGUGGGAGUUCUUAUCUUUGGUGUUGGGCUCCUUGACUUCUGUGGACAGGUCUGCUUCACGCCGCUGGAGGCUCUUCUGUCGGACUUGUACCGGGACGAGGAGGAGUGUGGCCAGGCCUUUGCUAUGUUCUCCUUCAUGGUCAGCCUGGGAGGCUGCGUAGGUUAUUUACUACCUGCCCUGGACUGGAGUCGUGGUCUGCUUUCUGUUUACCUAGGAGGCCAGGCCGAGUGCCUUUUUUCCCUCCUCAUCGUCAUCUUUGUCUCCAGCGUGCUCAUUACCAUGAAGAUGUCCGAGGAGCCCUCAUGUUCCAGCAGCAGCUCGGCGGGAUCCGGAUCUUUACUAGAGUCUGGGCCGGGCGUGAUGGAAGCCAGCCGCUGCGGCGUUCCCCGCUCCUGCUGCUACCUGCUCAAAUGCAAACUGAGGCUGCUGAAGGCCGGACCUUUCCUCUGUUUACUGAGAACAUGCUGGGCCAUGACCCCGGCCAUCUUCAGGAGCUACUGCCACGUCCCGCGGGUGAUGAGACAGCUGUGCGUGGCCCAGCUCUGCAGCUGGAUGGCUGUCAUGUCGUUUAUGCUUUUUUACACWGACUUUGUGGGGGAAGGCCUGUAUGAAGGAGUACCUAGUGCAUUACCAGGAAGCAUGUCCAGACAAAGAUACGAUGAAGGUAUCCGUAUGGGCAGCCUUGGCCUAUUUCUCCAGUGUGCUACCUCAACUUUCUUCUCUCUGAUCAUGAGUCGUCUGGUUCACCGUUUCGGGUCGCGGUGGGUCUACCUGAGCAGCAUGGUGAGCUUCACGGCCUCGGCGUUGGUCAUCUGCCUGUCCAAAAGUGUGGCCUUGGUCACAGCGAUGGCAGCUCUCACCGGCUACGCUUAUGCAACUCUGCAGACCCUGCCUUACACGCUCACCUGCCAUUACCACAAGGAAAAAGAGGUCUACAUGCCAAAAAAGAAAACCAAAAGCCUACAUCAAAAUGGCAAAACAGCCAAACAAGAAUCAGUUUAUUUGACUCCGUUGCAGGAGGAGGAGGGCGUCAUAAACCACAACACCAAUCCCUACAUGCACCCCUUCCUCAGCCAAGACGCUUAUGAAAACGGCUCGUCUCACCGCUCCAGUAGCGCCGAGCAGGAGGGGGCCGAGCUCGGCUACGAGAGGCGUGGUGUGGGCUUGGACUUCGCCAUCUUAGACAGCACGUUUCUCCUCUCUCAGGUUUUCCCCACCCUCUUCAUGGGUAUGAUUGUUCAGUUUGCACAGUCUGUUACCGCCUACAUCGCCUGCUCCGCCAUCUUCGGAGCCRUUGCCAUCUACUUAGCUGGUCACAUCGUCUUUGACCAAAAGGACCUCAGGAGCUAAAACUUUUUUUUUGUAAAAGGGAGCGAUGGAAUCACUCGGGACUCAACAGUGCACUAGCUUUCCCAGAAUGCCUCGUGUUAAUGCCAUCUGCAGGUUAUAUGAAAAGUGGUUAAUGAAAUGAAAAAGUCUCCUGAGCAGGAAAAAGGUUCAGUUUUUAUCUUAAAGCAGAAAUCGUUAGCCCSAGUGUGGCAUGCUGUGCUAAAAGCUGUUAUUGUUUAUUUAUUUCUAAAAAACAUUGAGUUGUGACAAUUUCUGUCCAUUUUUUUUCCUCAGGUACCAUCAAGGAUAUUUACUGUACAUCUCGGCAGCUUCAAACACUGAGCUGCUGAAGUGUUAAACUAUCUCAUUCUGAGAUUUUAAAUAGUCUGUGUAAAAAAAAAAAAAAUCACAUUUAUUCACAAGUUUAUCAGAAACAUCUAAAAUUGAGAGGGAACAGGUGUGAAAAAGUAUUUCUUUUGGUACACCUCAGUAUCAUCUCAUUAACCUGCCAUUUUUUUCAUACAUCCAGUUUUUAAAUCUGGUUAAAUUUACAACUUGAGGCUUUAAAUGAACUCGAUGACACUUCUAGAAUUAUUUGAUCAAGGCGUCAUGCGACUAUUCCUGCUCUCUAAGUGCUCUCUGUGAUGAGUAAACUGAUUUUAUUUGUAAACAAAAAGGCUGCUUCAGUUUAUAAACUGAGCUGUACUCUUAGCCCUGUUAACCGGAGUCACCUCUCGGACAGAUUUACUGAAAAUAUUUUGUACACAAACUGACUAUUGAUCCCUAUGGGAGUUAAGUUAUGCAACCUGCUGAGGUGCAGUUAUUAACUGUGGUAGUUGGAAGUAAGAAGCUGUCUAAAUGAUCCGAGACUAAACCAGUCUGUAUCUGCUCAGAAUGUUUGUCUACACAYGUCUCCAGUCUGGGCGGUCGUCUCGGGUCAAAACCGUCCCGAACUUGUUUUGAUGUUGCUGAGAAAUCGUGCUCCCUGUUGCCUAAACCGCUGCGUUUCACUGUAUAUUCAAACGACAAUCUAGGACAUCCAGAUGGGCCCGUUACGUAAUGCUGGUGGUAAACGUGUACGGCGCUGUCUCAUGGAUACCCACUUCAUAGCAACCAUUCCUGAGAAGACCAAGAAAAGGUCCUGCAGUACRUGGAAACAUUUGGUUUAAUGCAAGUGUGAGCACUGCAUAUUGAUGGGCUGAAGUUCAGUGUGUGUGUGCAUAUAUCUUUAACGUGGAGGAUGAAUGUGAGAAAGCAUUAGUAAUAUUUUAAGUGUGAGUUGUUUUUUUUCCCCACAUACUGCAGCCCAAACACAAUAUUAUAGGAUCUCGUUUCAAAUCGACCACAUGAUAUAAAAACCACAAGUGUCGCAUUCAGAAAGAAUUAGAUCCUUUACGGGGUGUUAAAAAUGUCUUCUGCAGAUACAAAUAGUCCUGACAGAUCUUAUUGCAGCCGUGCAGAGGGAUGUUGACAUUACUGCCUAGCAGAGUGCGCAAACACUCAAUUAGUCUUUUUGCUACUGAAAUGAAACAGGAGAAACAGUCAGUGGCUACAGUGUCAGGAGAAAAUCAAAGGUUGUUACAAGUGCCUGUACAUUUGUCAAACAGAUUUUGUACAUAUGUAUUUAUUUAURAUGGAUUUAUUACUAAAUAGUGUGAUUUAAACUUCAGCAUCUCCUGUGGGUGCAAAGGUGAAGGUUGUUUCUGUGAAAAGAAAAAMCAACUUUUAUAUAAAUAUGGUGUAAAGCAUCUUCAAAGCUAUAAUUUAUUUCCACUAUUUUAUCCUGAUGCUCUGUUACACCACAGAGCAUUUUCUAUUUUAUCAAAUAAGUUUUACGGUAAAAACAUAAUAAAUGUUAAGUGCUACAAGUUUUAUUCUCAGUGCAAUAACUGAGUUCUGAUACGUUUUCAUCCGUUUUUAUUCCACUGAUGCAAAGAAAGUUGUUUUUAAACGUGGGAUUUUUUAUUUUAACCACAGGUCUGUUAUGUAUUUUAAUUGWUCAACACGUCUUUAACUGGUGGGUUUUACUUUCCUAAAAACAAAUCUCAUUUGAUUAAAAUAAAAAGUGCCAACUGUCAGACUGUAUGAAGGCCAGAAAUGAUAUUUUUGAUAUGAAUUUCUUCUUUAAUUACAAUACUUCAGUURCUUUUGUUGCUGUCUUAAAUGCUUUUGGUUGUGGCCAAAAAAAAAAAAAGGGAAAAUGUGUGUCCGCUUUAUCAAAUGUGUUUAUGCAGUAACCAAAUAGAUUUCUAUACAAAACAAAAGAACUGCAUUGUCAAUGAGUUAUUUUUUUUUUGUUUUUGAUAUUUUCAGUGUCAGGAAGACUGAGCCAAACCAAAAUGAACUUAUAAAUGGUUAAUUUCUAUACAUAAAAAUUUGGGGCAAAAUUUGUGAAUGGCUGCCAACUACCCYACGGAAAACAUGUCAACAUGGGUGGCGUCCAUUGAAGAGCCGUUUGGGAUGGAGAAGUCUCACAACUUCGAUAUUAGUAUUUAUUCAUGCUCAGAUUUGACAAGCAGUGUGUAGAAGCAAGUUUUUAAACGUUUACACUGAAACAGAAUUCAUCGAUGAUGUUCUGCUGAGGGCUCAGGCCUCCCUUGCUUAAUAAAUUUCAGGAUAACCUUUUUUAUAGUUUGCAAUAAAUACCUUUAAGAGGUUUCUGCAGUUGGUUAAAUAUUUGAUUUUAUUWAAAAAAAGUUUAUUUUAUCUGAAUUGCAUUUUGGUUCAUGCUGUUCUGUUUGGUGAUGUUUUGAUUUGACCACUUCUCAGUGUAGUUCAGUCUACAAUGUUUUCGCUAUUGAUUCACAAAAUGGAAGCCAAUUAAAUGAUAAAUGUGUAAAUUAUAUCACAAUAAAAUAUUUAUAUCUGUUUGGAUGACGAUA